CGUCGACUCAACAACCAUGACCAUCCCUGCCCACUGGUAGUGCGUGUUUCGAAACUCAACCUCAAAGGCGCAUGCGCUUUUCAUUUUGAAUUCUCAUUCGAAACAUGGCAGACGGAAAAGAGUAAACAGAGAUUUUACGCACAAUCCUCAAAAUCCAGUUUUUGUGAUUCUACUGUUUACUACUGAUGAUGACCUGGUUUCUUUAUUAUUUGUAACUGCAGCAUCAAGUGGAAACUUACUGCUGUUCUUGUUUCGUUCAAGUUCAAUGAAACAGUUUUCGAGUUUUGCAUUUUUUUUUAGUGUGUCCAAAUGAAGUAGUUUCCAGUGCCAUCACGUUUUUAGUUUGGAGAUACCCUCUUUUUUUUCUUUGUGUGUGUGUAUUUAAAAAUAAAACGUAAUCAUCAGAAGGGGUGUAAGGCUGGCCUUGUGUGAUGUCUACAGUGAUUUCCGUCGCCCUUGACCUGUUCCGAAACAAUCCUAUUGUGAAACCCUUGUUGGAUUUUUGUGCACCCUCUUCGGAAGUACAGUGAUAAAGAUCCGUAUUUUCAAAAACGCAUUGCUCAAUCAACCUUAAUUUAUUCCAAUGACACUGGAAAUCAUAAACUACGACGCGCCGCUUGGGGCCGAAAGACAAUACAUAGUGAAAAUUGAAGAUCUGGAACAUUAUGUCAAGACACUGUCUGAAUCAAAAAUUGGAAAUUUUAAAGAUCAAUAUGAGAUGCUGGGAUCAAGUCCACAGAAACCGUGUAUUGCAGGUAUGAAGCCAGAAAAUAAGCCGAAAAAUAGGUAUCCAGAUUUAUUGCCAUAUGACGACAGCCGAGUUAUUUUACAAAAGUACAAAAAUGAUCCGAAUUCAGAUUAUAUCAAUGCAAGUUAUGUUGACGGUUACAAGAAAGGUACACGCUACAUUUGCGCACAAGGUCCGCUGGACAAGACAGUUGGGGAUUUUUGGAGAAUGGUAUGGCAGGAAGAUGUGAAUGUUAUCGCUAUGACUGCAAACAUAAUAGAACACGGAAAAAAAAAAUGUGAAAAAUAUUGGCCAGAUAAGGUUCUUAAAGCAGCAGAUCUUAUUAUUACAUUUCAAAGUGAAAUGGUUUUCAUUGACUAUACAAUCAGAAAUUUCAAAAUUGUAAAGAUGGGAGUGUCUGGACACCGCAUGGUACGUCAGUAUCAGUACACCGCAUGGCCUGAUCAUGGUGUGCCGACCUACUCCCUCGCGCUCAUAGAAAUGAUGCAAAAUAUUAAGGACUUCCAAAAAGAACAACAGAAAGUAACUCCUUGGUUACUGCAUUGCAGUGCUGGUGUGGGUCGUUCUGGUACUAUGAUGGUACUAGACUCAGCUCUUGAGAUGGCUCUCGUUGAAGGAAGGGUGGACGUUCUCGGUAUUUUGUACAAAAUGAGGCAACAGAGGGUGAACCUGAUUGAGACUGUUGAACAAUACAUUUUUGUGUAUAAGGCAUUAGUCGAAUAUCAUUUUGGGGACAAUUCCUGCAAGCCUGCUAAUGAAAUGGUUCUCUAUUUCAAUAAGUUACGGCAACUGGACUCGGAUAAGAAGAAAACAGGAUUAGAAAUCCAAUUCGAAAAAUUACGGCAGUUGGAAACUCCAUUUUUUCAGCAGAGAUGUCUUACUGCACUGACGCCGAAUAACAAAAAUAAAAACAGAGAUCCAUACAUCUUACCACCUGAUGAUGGCCGUCCUGUUUUGAAAACUAGUCCACCAUCUAACUACAUCAAUGCUGUAUAUGCCUAUGAUUAUGGCGUUCAAAACCACUUUGUUGUUACCCAGUUUCCACUUCCAAAUACAGUGCCUGACUUCUGGCAACUUCUAUGGGACACGGGGUCAUCGACAAUAGUAGUUCUAAACGAAAUAAGUAACAAGGAUGAGAGUUCUCCAACGUUUUGGCCGCAAUCUGGCAAUAUACAGCAAGGCAACAUAAAAAUUCAGCAUCUGGCUUCCGAAGCAGAAUAUUUUGGUGGAGUACUAGUUCGGAAAUUCAGCGUCAAAAACCCCAAAGGUAAAAAACGUACGAUUAAAACAUUUCAUCUGCAUGGCUGGAGAAGGGAAGAUUUCGUCCCUCCACAAGUGGACACUAUUGUCCAGCUAAUUGCCAAAGUAGACAAAUGGACGAGAAAAAGUGGGCCAGCACCUAUCUUAGUCACUUGUUAUGAUGGCUGUCGAGCGUCUGGUUUCUACUGCGCCGCUUCCUAUUUGGCUGCUCAGAUCCACGACACGAGGCAGGCAGAUGUGAUCCAGGCCGUAAGGACAGUCAGGCUUCAUAGGCCAACUUUCAUACCUACGGUGGAGCAGUACCGGUGGCUUUAUGAACUAAGUUGCUUCUUAGUAUCUGAAAAGAUUCUAAAAUGAAAGAAAACUGUGUAUUAGCAUCUACCGGUGACUGACGCCAGCUCACUUGUACAGGAAAACUAUAGCUUCCAGAACUAAAUAUCAGGCAAAACCACCGAUUUGCAAUACGAAGGAAACUGUUUUAUUAAUAUGUAAUGUAUAUCUAUACAUUUUAUCGUUCGUAUUUUAAUAAAGUGAAUUUUAAAAGAAACAAAA